ACGCGUAAGGCUUUGACAUGCCGCAGGAGACAACAAACGAGACGGGGGUAAAUAUGGCCGACGAGGAGGUCUCGUCACCGGACCCUGCCGCCGGUGCUCCGCCGGCGAGCCCACAAACGAGAAGGGCUCACUCCGUUUCGUUCUCCGAAAGCUUCCAACCGGCCGUGGGAAUGGUUAGCCAGCUGCUAAGCCAGCCGUCAUCGCUCAAGUUCGACAAAAACAUCAAGCAGGCCUUCUACAACACCGGGGCCAUGAUCUUCGUGGCUAUCUGUUGCGGGGCGGCGGUGCUAGUGUACUUCAUCCUGGAGGCCUUUCUCCGGCCGCUUCUCUGGGCGGUGCUGUGCGGCACCUUCCUCCACCCUUUCAAGUACUCCCUCGCUCGUCUCGGACGCUCUUGGCUCAGCGGCCUGCAGGACACCGGGACGCCCAUCGUGGUGGGAACUCUGCUGGUGCCGGUGUGGUGCGUCAACCACACGGUGGACUUCAUGGGGCGGCAGGUGAUGGAGAAGCUCCCCCUGCUCCUCACCAUCGGAGCCGGGGCGCCGCUGCUCUACGUCCUCAACGUGUCUUGGAGCGUCGUCGGCAUGCAGGUGCUUCUCGGCCACCUUUGGGGGGUCAUUGCAGCGGGGCUGGACUAUUUCCACGCGGUCUGGGUUUGCACAGUGGUCAUUGGCUAUUUGUUGGCAGUCUGCUUUAAAUGGAGUCCCCACACGGAAGGCUUCCUGAGGUCCGCCGCCCUGCCUGUGUGGACCACUCUGCUUUUCUACAUUGUGUCUUUGACGGGCUCGUGGAGGGUUCCUUUAUUUGUGGUGGUGGUGCUGCUGCUCAUUGUGGGCUCCCAAGAGAAGCCCCCUGUCCCUGGCAGAGGAGAGCUGCCUGGGCAAGUGUUGUCGUUUGCUGCUAACACGAUUUACAUGGCCAUUGCCUGUGGCAGCCUGCAAUCCGAAACUGAGCGUAGUGAAAGAUGCACCACAGAUGGUGACAGCGACUCGGUGGACAACCUCGCUGCCACCCCAGCGUUCACUCAGAGCUCUCGAAGAGUGCCGACCUCUCUUUUCCAUAAGAAGUCCUCCCACAAGGCCAGCGACAUCUACUUCAUCCUCUUAGCCUGGGCCAUAGUCCUGGUCCAGAUCUGGCUCAACUUGUGGGUCCUGCAGCUCCUUCCCAUCCCCGUGGCCGUGUGGGUCAUGAAGAAGCUGGUGGUCCAUUUUGGCCUGAAGAGUUUUGCGGCGAGGACUAUGAGCUUGUGGUGGGCCAUGCUGGAGAAGUUUGGGCGGGAACGAGAAGAGGCUCUGCUGCCGGGUCCGAUCAAAGGCUUGGCGCAAUUCUUGCUGCGUAUUGACACAAAGAUGGUGGUGUGGCUGGAGCGCUCUUUGGAUAAAAUCAUCAGCAUCUUCAUCAUCAUCCUCCUGGUCGCAGGGACCCUCCUCAUGGGGCUGCUCCUCACAGCCAUGGUUCACCAUGAAAGCGCUCACAUCAUUGACGUCACCGGGAAUCUCAUCAACGAGACGGUCUCCAACCACCCAGAGUGGGCAAACUUACUCCCAGAAGCUCGCGUGAUCCAGAAGGCUGUGAAUUCAGCUGCCACUAACGUCUAUGAGCAUGGGAGAGAGUGGAUAACGCAAAAACUUCACAAGAUGUUGGGGGACAAGGUGAACAACACGGAUGUAAUCGAGAAGCAAGUGCUGGAGCUUUGGGACCGACUCUACCACUCGUGGUUUGUGAAGAAUGUGACCCUCUCGGGUCGCUCUCGUGGUACGAAGUUGAAUAUUCAGAGACCAAACAGCUGGUUGGUGGACAUCCUGGACUGGAAGGACGUCGCCUCAUUCCUGCAAGAGAAUAUUGAGACACUGUGGUCCGUAAGUGGUGUUGAUUUUUUUGCAGCAAAAUGCGAGUUGCUUGGAAAACGAGAGAUGUUUUUCAAGCUUGAUGUUUUCUUUCAGAUCCUGGAGUCCCUGUGGGUUGUGAUGAGCAGGAACGUUGGCCUCCUCAUCACCACCACCACCACACUUCUCACCGUCGUGUUUCACAGUGGCACAGCUCUGCUCAAUUUUGUCCUGAGCCUGGUGAUUUUCUUGACCACCUUGUUCUACCUGCUGAGCUCCAGCGGAGAGUAUUACAAACCCGUCAAGUGGGUCAUCAGCCUGACCCCUCUCUCGCAGCCGGGACCCUCAUCCAACAUCAUCGGGCAGUCUGUGGAGGAGGCCAUCAGAGGCGUGUUUGAUGCCUCUCUCAAGAUGGCCGCCUUCUACGGCCUGUACACUUGGCUCACUCACACCAUCUUUGGCAUCAACGUGGUUUUCAUUCCUUCAGCCCUGGCCGCCAUCUUGGGCGCGGUGCCCUUCCUGGGCACGUACUGGGCCGCCGUGCCCGCCGUGUGUGACCUGUGGCUGGCGCAAGGCGAAGGCGUCAAGGCCGCGCUGCUGCUUGUCUGCCAUCUGCUGCCCACCUACUUUGUGGACACCGCCAUCUACUCGGACAUCUCUGGGGGGGGUCACCCCUACCUGACCGGAUUGGCGGUGGCGGGCGGCGCUUACUACCUGGGUCUUGAGGGCGCCAUCAUCGGGCCCAUCCUGCUGUGCAUCCUGGUGGUGGCGGCCAACAUCUACAGCGCCAUGCUGAUGAGCCCCAACUCGGCAGCUCCUACGCCCAUCCAGGCCGGUUGGCCCCAGCCCGGCAACAGGGUUUUCUCUGAGUCAACGCCCUCGGUCCUGAAAAAAAGUAGUGAGUAGCGCCACUGCGGCGGAACGUCAGCCGGCUUGACUGCUCCUCCACAUGCAGCUCCGCAGGUCCGGUGAGAUGCCGCCACAGGAAAGGCGGCCUCACAGCCGCUCCCCCGCGAUGCUUUGCUCCGGCAUCGCUCGGAGCAAAGAGGUGCCUGCUGCUGUCAACCAAAAAGAUGAUGCGAACCACGUCGUCUAGUUGCCAAAAUAGUUUUUAUCAUGCCAGCUCAACAGGGUGAGGUGGACUGUUCACAUCGCAAUGCACAACAACUUUCCAAAGACUAGGCUUUUUUGGGGGGUGUGGGGGGAUUAUGGUAACUCAUGUUUAAGGUUGCAAAGGACCACAAAAGUUGGUUUAGGGUUAAGAAUACUUUUGGAAAUAUCAAUUAGACAAGUUGGGUACUAGAAUUACAAUUAGUGAGAAAUCACUCAAAAUAAAUGACUGCUAUUUUCCAACCCUCCUUAAGUCUUGACAGUUUUUAAAGAUGUACAGAUCAAAAUCCCCAAUGGGCAAGACAUAAAUACAUCUUUGGGCUUGAAUGAGUUAACCCUAAAUCUAAAGAUGUUGUAUUUUGGUGACAAAAAAAAAAUCUGUAGUGAUGGUUUGACAUUGGGUUUAAUAGAUUGUGCUUUGGCACCAUCUUGUGAUAUCUACAGGCAAUUAUAUUUCAUUUUUACGAGGCUUCAAAGUAAAAUGGAUUUUUGGUGGAUAAAAAUAAAGACCCUAGAAAAUGUUUUUCAUUGUACAUUGACGAUGCAUCGAAGUGGGGUUUUUUUUAACCUCAAUUUUUGGUGAUUUGUUGGAAUCGCCGCCAUUUUGCAACCCUACUCAUGUGUCCAUCCAAGUAGCGCUGAGUUUGCACAAAAAAAAGUAGCUUUAAUUAAAACACAUGCACCUGUACUCUUUGAACACACUCACUGUUUUUAAAGAAGCAGUCAAGAACUUGUUUGCUUCUCCCCCCCCUCCUGUUAUGAAGUAUAACCCCAACUGAAGUGUUAAAGCUUUUUGAUGACAUGAGCCAGCCGACAAUUUAAAACAUUGACAUGACAAGUUCUGUGUACCGGUUGAGUCACUGACAACUAAAGUGGGCUAACUCUCUUGAUUGACGUUUGAGUUUCGUGUAAAAACAAACAAAAAAGAAGCAGAUACUACCACUGCUCCAAAUCAAGGUUUGGCAUACACUUAUGUCAUAAAACAGGACAAUCCAAUUCAAGCUUCUGUCCCUGUUAGACUGAUGAAAGAUUUGACAGCUGUGCGGACUGAGACCACACUUUUAGUGGCAGCGGCAGCCAGAAUACUUGAGCUCAGAACUCACCCUCCUGCAAAAUGACAACAAUGGAGUGAAGUCCACUUUAGUUCGUCGAUGACCAACCGAUUUUCAUCACGCUUAUUUACUUUGUUUUCACUACACCAGCACUUUUCAGAGUUCUGUCAUGCUUACAGCCACGUAAAGCUUUGCCGUGUGAUCUGUGGCUAAGCGACAACCCGUGAAUGUGUUUUUUGUCGGGUGUGUAAACAAUGACAGUGUUUACAGUUGUACUUUUUUAAAUGACUACAUUACUGUUCGUUUUCCCCAAAGAAUAGAUCUGCACUGCCAAAUAAACACCACUGUUAGAAGUAACCAUGA